AUGAAAGACAAUCAAAAUUAAUUUGAUAAUCAAGAUUUUCAAACAGAAUUUUAAGGUAUUUUAUUAUAAUAUUAGAAGGAUAGGAAUAUUAAGCUAUUACUGAGAGGAUUGGUGAAGUAUUACGUCAUAAAGUAACUAGAUUGAUUAAUCAAUUUGUAAAGUAUUUUAUAUGA